AGUGAAUCUCCGGGAGACUCGGUGAAGGAGCGACGCCAUCCGGACGCGCUUUUGUUUGUGGAUGAACGCUCUAAACCCUUUUCGGAAAUGUGGACAGAAAUUGGGAAAAUAUUAUUUUUUCAUUUUUUAGUUUGGGAGUCGUACCGCGCGAAAGGUGCUGAAACCGGCGCCGAGGCGGAGUGCGAGGACGGACAGUUUCAGUGCAACAAUAAGAGAUGCAUUCCCACCAUAUGGAGAUGCGACGACGAUGAUGACUGCUCCGACAACAGCGACGAGGAGAACUGCCUGAAGAACACAUGCGCUCCCUCAGAGUUUGCGUGUGCGAAUGGUCAGUGUGUUCCUGGACGUUGGCGGUGUGACGGAGAACCCGAGUGUCCAGACGGGUCGGAUGAAGCUGAUGCCACCUGCACAGUCAAACAGACGUGUCCGCCGGAGAAGUUUGACUGCGGAGGGAAGUGUGUGUCUCUGUCCUGGCGGUGCGACGGCGAAAGAGACUGCGAAAACGGUGAAGAUGAAGCAGACUGUGCAGCAGAUGCCAGGUCCUGCUCGGCAGGGGAGUUCCAGUGUCGUAACCGUAAGUGUUUAGCACCGGUCUACGUGUGUGACGGCGACGACGACUGUGGAGACGGCAGCGACGAGGAGAAGUGCUCUCCACCCACCUGUGGGCCGCACGAGUUCCGCUGUAACAGCUCUGAGUGUGUGCCUCAGCCCUGGACCUGCGACGGAGACCCUGACUGCGCUGAUGGCUCGGAUGAGUGGGCGGGGCGAUGCGGGGGCGGGGCUGGACGACCGGCUCCGCCCCCCGCCCGGAGACUGCAGUGCGGUGCUGGAGAGUUCCGGUGCGGCAGCGGAGAGUGUGUGAAACUGGCCUGGAGGUGCGACAGGGACCCUGACUGCAAGGACAAGUCAGAUGAGGUCGACUGCCCUCUGCUCACAUGCCGGCCCGAUGAGUUCCAGUGCGGAGACGGAUCCUGCAUCCACGGCAUCAAGCAGUGCAACAAAAUACACGACUGCCUCGACAAAAGUGACGAGGCUGGCUGUGUCAACGCCACAAAGUGUGAAGGACCUCUGAAGUUCCUCUGCAGGAAUGGAGAAUGCAUUGACGGCAGCAAGGUGUGUGAUAAUGUGAAGGACUGCAAGGAUCGGUCAGACGAGCCCAAGAAGGAGUGCAGUUUGAAUGAAUGUUUGAUUAACAAUGGAGGCUGCUCACACAUCUGUGUGGACCGUCCCAUCGGAUACGAGUGCCAGUGUCCCGCUGGCUACAAGCUUCUGGACAAGAGGACAUGUGGAGAUAUCGAUGAGUGUGAGAACCCUGAUGCUUGCAGUCAGACCUGCAUUAAUCUGAAAGGAGAUUUCAAGUGUGAAUGUCACCCGGGUUAUGAGAUGGACCCCGUGAGCAAGACCUGCAAAGCUGAGGGAAAAAGCCCUUACCUGAUGUUCACGAACAGACACGAGAUCCGACGCAUUGACCUGGUGAAGAGGGACUACACGCAGGUGGUUCCCACGCAGAAGAACGCCGUGGCUAUUGAUAUCGACGUCGCCGCCAACCGCAUGUACUGGUGCGACCGCUUUCAACACAAAAUAUACAGUGCUUACAUCCACGAGGCGAGCGACCCGUCUCGACACGUUACUCUGAUCGACUCCGAGCUGCAUUCCCCCGAGGGCCUGGCUCUGGACUGGGUCCAGCACAACCUCUACUGGACCGACUCGGGCGACAGAACCAUCUCCGUGGCUUCAGCGGAUGGCGGCAGGAGACGAGUGCUGAUCAGCACCGACCUGAGCGAACCGCGAGCCAUCGCCGUGGACCCGGAGAGAGGGUUCAUGUAUUGGUCUGACUGGGGCAUCAGAGCCAGGAUUGAGAAGGCUGGCAUGAACGGUGUUGAUCGACAGGUGUUGGUGUCUGAGGACAUCGAGUGGCCCAAUGGAAUCACACUCGAUGUGGUUGGUAAGCGCUUGUACUGGGUGGACUCGAAACUGCACCUGAUCUGCAGCGUGGAUUUAAACGGGGCCCAUCGCAGAGUCAUCCUGUCUUCCAUCGAGAGACUCGGACAUCCGUAUGCCCUUGCUGUGUUCGAGGAUCGCGUGUACUGGACGGACCGUGAGAAGGAAGCUGUCUACAGUGCAAACAGACUCACAGGACAGGAUGUGACCAGUCUUGCCGAGCACCUCAAUGACCCUCACGACAUUGUUGUUUUUCACGAGCUGAGCCAGCCUGCGGCUCCUGACAGCUGUAACCUGAGCGGUGUGACUAACGGAGGCUGUGACUUCCUGUGUCUGCGAGCUCCUCAGAUCAGUGAACACUCACCCAAAUACACCUGUGCUUGUCCUGAUGGGGAGGAGCUCAGCCCUGACACACGUCAGUGUGUACCCGUGCAAAAUGAGACUGCGAUCACACCUACCGCCUCUAUCAACAUCGGCAACGAGACAGGGGCUGGCCGGGCACAAGAGUCUCCUGCAGCUGUGACAUCUCAGUCUGACAGUAUGGCUGAAACCACUCUCUCGUCACUCCUCACCUCCGGCCCAGAGGAACCGGCCGUCUCCUCUAAUACUACAGCAGAGCACAGCCCCACACAAGUGUCCAGGACCACACCAGACAGCCUGAGCAACCUGUCUCAUCACUCUGGCAAUGAGUUGUUUCUCCUUGGCCGUAAUCUGACAGUGGCAGUGCUCGGAGUCGUAAUUCCCAUAGUUCCUAUUGUUGCCACAGUGGUCUUCGGAGUGGUGUGUGCCGGCGUUUACCUCGUUUACCGCAAUUGGAGGAGGAACAGCACCAAAAGCAUGAACUCCGACAACCCCGUCUACCGCAAAACCACGGGAGAGACAGAGGAGGACGAGAUUCACAUUGGUCGGACUGACGGGCUCGCUGGCCAUCACCACCCUUACCCCGGGCCCGUGGUCGGCAUGACGCCGGUCGGUACGGGGACGUGCCCGCCAUUCAUCGCUCUGCCUCUGGGGACCGGUUUACCAGACCCUGCCACACACUGGUACACAGAGCAGCCCACCAUCUCUAGUACUAAGUGAAAGAGAGGACGACUCUAGAAAUACUGUGAGCGCAGGGAGACACGUGGGUGCCAAGCUAUGCAGGAACUGAAUGGCAUUUAGCGAUCUGAAUCAUUCUUAACAUGCCCAGGUAUUGAAGCAGGCUGGAGCUGGAUUGAUUACUAAACAAAAGGUUUAGACAUUUCAGACCCGUAUUCAUUUAGGUCCAUUUUAAGCGUCAUUUUAUUGCUGGUUGGAACCACCAAGUCUUUUCAAACCUGCAUUAUUUAUAUUUAUCUUAUAAUCCUAGGCAAAUCUAGCACUGUAACCGGCAUUAAGGUUAAUACAUAAAUAUGGAAACUAGUCUAUUAUAACGGUCCACCUGUCCAGCUAAAGCUGCAGAGAGAAACCGUUUCUGAUCCUUGGCAGUAUUUCAUUUAGUUUCCAAAAUUAACAAAUUAAUUAGAUUACAAUUUACAAUGUAUCGCAUCAUAAAGUACCUUUUAAUAGGCUUAACGAAAAUAUUAGACGCAAUUACAAAAAUAACACUUCCGAUUGUAGAUCUUUGAUGGCUCAAGGGCAAAUUUUAUUUGCUUGGAAUUGUUUAAUAAUGCUAAAAUAUAUAAACAGCGAGCCACAUAUCUAAAAUUAUAUACCUGUAUCAUAUUAUACAGUACAACUCGUCUUUUAAUAACUUUCGAACUAUUACAGGCAUAAUAACACAAGAGGAGUUAACAUGAAAUCAAAAUGAACCUAUGUCAUACUGUACGCUUUUCAUCUGUGCAUAUGAUUCCAAAGAAAAUAUAAAACUUGAUUCUGAAUGCUGAAACAAUAGUUUUUUGGCUAACAGCAUUACUAAUAACUUUAACAUGAAUAUGAAUAUGAAUAUCGUCAUGAUCCAUUCAAUUCCCAGUGCAUAAAAUCAAGUCCUGCCUUUUUCCUCGUUAAAUGUUCAAAUUUUAUUUAGGAAUAAUUGAUUUCAACAGUAAUUAAUGCUAGAAUGUAGGGAUGCAUGAUAAUUGAUUUUUGCUGAUAUCCGAUAUGCCGAUAUUUUUUUACUUAUUUUUAUAUAAUGCUAUAUUCCCUUCUAUUUGGAUACAAGACAAAGUCUCUCCGGUGCAGCUAAAUAUUCAGAAUUUUGGUUAUUUUUUUAACAUGAACAUAUUUGUUAAAAUUAAAUAGUAAAAAUGUUUUUUGGACAGUACAUUGAAGCUUUGAAAAUAACUGUAAAUAAACUAUAUAUCAAACGCUGCACAGAUUAAAUACAGUCAAUCUAAUCAUCAUUCAGGCAAAACUUUUCUUCAAGAAUGAGGCAGACUCCCUGAGAACAUGUGAGUUUAAUUAUCGGCAAAACAUAUCGGCAUCAUUUUUCAUAUCGGGCCAAUGCUAAUAUAUUUAAAGCCAUUAUCGGCUGAUUCCUAUAUCAGUCCGAUACUAUCAUGCAUCCCUACUGCAGUGAUUACAUUUUAAGUUUUGAGCUUAGAACGCACCCAAGAAAUAAAAAUAUCGGUCCAAAAAUAUUCCCAAACAUGUUUUGUCCGUCUCAUCGGUAUUAUACAUUUUUUAUAGGUGUGUUUGUGUUUAUUCCAUAGAGAGACAUUGUAUAUUCAUCACGUGCAUGCAAAUGAAAAGCCAUUGUCCUUGGCUUCACACGACUGUCGGGUCUCUGUGGGGCUCCUCCGCACUGCAGCUACGACUUGGCAACACACCGAAAUUGGCCGAGUACCCCGGUUAGUGGAACAAACCCCAGCGUAAUCACCGCGAUCCGGAAUAGACGUUAGGAGGGUCAGCGCGAGUGCGUUACACAGCGGGGUCUCUGGUGGUUCACGCCGAGCUGGCCGUAAACCAGCGGUAAUUUAUGAAAUGUCACAGUUUCACACGUCUGUUUCUGUUAUUGGAGUUGUCGCAUGCUGAACAGGUUUGCCGUGCCGCCCACUUACAGUACGUUCACUUUCAUGUUGUUGUUUAUCUAGAAACGGGGAGAACAUUAGCUGAUAGUCGCCCCAAGGGUCUAGCGUAGCUACAGGCGCCGAGCUAAAGGUUACGUAAAGCACUAUGUUUACGUCUAAACGCAUUAGAAUCACGUUAACGUUGGGAAAAAAGUGACUGGGACUGGCAUAUGCGCGGACAGCCUGCUCGGCAGAUCCAGUGCUCCCGCCUCGCUGUAAUAGACGUACCGACCUUUAAAGACGCUCUGAAAGGCCAUACAUUCCAAAUGCUGGACAUUUUUUCGCGCCCCUUGUUUUUAACACGGGGUACCUCUGCAUUCUUCUGUCACGUGCUGUGGGAACGCUUGGUUUUGUCUCAGGGAGACGGUGGAGGGUUUCAGUUAGUCAUGACGUCGGAACGGGAAUUAACGUGUUACAAUUCGUUCACUGUCGAGAAAACGUAAGACGCAGAUGUAUAGAGAGCGGCUUCGGUCAGAGACAGAUUGGUUUUAGAGGGCUAGUACUGGUCACCAAACAUGCCAAAGUCACAUUUCACCCCAGAAUGAAAAGAAAUAUGUGCUGUAUUUCAAAGUUGUUAAAAAACUAUUUUAAAAUAACUAUAAUAUAUAUCUGUGAUACACGCUGAAAUUUCUUUUGUAUCCAAGGAUCCUUCAGGAAUCAUUCAAAUACACGGAUUAGCUGGUUAAGAAAUUUUUCUUAUUAUUUCUGAAUUACAUUACACUGGUGAAUAUUUUUGUUGUACAACAUUUAACAGCACAUUGAAUGCAUUUUUUUCACGCUAAAUAUAUUUAGUUCUUUUUUUCUUUUGAUUUUGGGGUGAAAUAUGACCUGAACAUUAUUCUGGAAAUUCACUCGCUGCGGCUUUUUUUUUUCUUUAUACUUUACAUUAUGAGGGCGUCUUUGGUGUCCUCUUUUGAAUAAAUUGUCAGACAAAGGGACAGUUUUUUUUCUCAUUUGAGCGGUCAGGAAGACCAGCUGUUCAUUCACAGAUUCUGCGAUCAGAUGUUACCUCAUUAAUAUUAAAGAGCAUCGCUCUAGGAUUUCAAAUGAAGACUCCCUCUUAAGAGAGGAGCAUUAAAUAUCCUGUGUGUGUGUGUGUGUGUGUGUGUGUGUGUGUGUGUGUGUGUGUGCGCGGAUGUUAAUUACGUUUGUUCUGAAUGCACGUAUUUGUGGUGUGAAAGUUCAAUCUGUGUAAUGUGAUUAUGGAAUGCGACGUGUAAAUAUGUUUUCAUACAAAUACUUUUGAUACACCUUUGUAAAAAUGUAUAUAAGAUUUUAGAUAACAGUAUUGCCUAUGAAUUAAUUUAUUUGGAAUAUACGAUCAUUGUUUUCUGAUGGUAAAAUAAUAUAUUCUGCCAAAGUGUUUCUGUGCUGUCGGUACGUAUCUUUCUUUUUUGCUGUUGGUAUUUUUUUACUGUUCAAAUUGAUUUCAAUCUUUAUUUUUACAUUUUAAGGCUUUAAUAUAGAAUAUUUUGAGUAUUUUAAUUAAAUUACAUUGUUAUUGCACUAUAUUUUGCAAACACACAACUUGUUUUUUUCUUUUGUGUGCCUUGUUUAGUGAUUUUGACCAACACUGGUUUCAUUCUGUCUGAUCUCUGACUGCAUAAACUUUAUUGUGGCAUAAUGGUCUCAUUGUAUUUCAAAUGUUUCUCUUUAUAUGUCUCUCUAUAAAUUGAUAUAAAAAUGAAUUAAAAAUCUGCUGCCA